AUGAACAAACUGACCUUCCACAACAACAGAGUCAUGCAGGACCGCCGCAGCGUUUGCAUCUUCCUCCCCAACGACGACUCCCUCAACAUCAUCAUCAACGUGAAGAUUUUGUGCCGCAAGUUACUGGUGCAGGUGUGUGACCUCCUGAGGCUGAAGGACUGUCACCUCUUCGGGCUCAGCGUCGUCCAGAACAAUGAGCACGUGUACAUGGACCUGGCCCAGAAACUCUACAAGUACUGCCCCAAGGAGUGGAAGAAGGAGGCCAGCAAGGGGAUCGACCAGUUUGGCCCCCCGAUGAUCAUCCACUUCCGAGUGCAGUACUAUGUGGAGAACGGCAGGGUGAUCAGGGACCGGACGGCGCGCUACUACUACUACUGGCACCUGCGGAAGCAAGUGCUGCGCUCGCAGUGCGUGCUGCGCGAGGAAGCCUACUUCCUCCUCACCGCCUUCGCCCUCCAGGCCGACCAGGGCGACUUCAAGCGCAACAAGCACUACGGGAAGUACUUCGACCCCGAAGCCUAUUUCCCCGCCUGGGUGGUUGCGAAGAGGGGCAAGGACUACAUCCUGAAACAUGUCCCGAACAUGCACAAGGACCAGUUUGCCCUGACGGCCUCUGAAGCCCAUCUCAAGUACAUCAAGGAGGCCGUGCGGCUGGACGACGUGGCCGUGCACUACUACAGGUUGUACAAGGACAAAAGGGAGUUGGAGGCUUCCCUGACGCUGGGGCUGACCAUGCGCGGCAUCCAGAUCUUCCAGAAUUUGGAUGAAGAAAAGCAGCUUCUCUACGAUUUCCCCUGGACAAACGUGGGGAAACUGGUGUUUGUGGGUAAGAAGUUUGAGAUCCUGCUGGACGGGCUGCCCUCGGCCAGGAAGCUCAUCUACUACACGGGCUGCCCGCUGCGCUCCCGCCACCUCCUGCAGCUGCUCAGCAGCAGCCACCGCCUCUACAUGAACCUGCAGCCCGUCCUGCGCCUGGUCCGAGAGCUGGAGGAGAACGAGGAGAAGAAGCAGUACCGCGAGUCCUACAUCAACAAGCGCCUUUCCCGGCACUCCACUGCCAGCCACAGCAGCUCCCACACCUCCGGCAUCGAGGCUGACCCCAAACCCAGGGAGGUGGGACCAGAGGACGGCUUCUCGGGCGCCGGCGCCCACCGCAAGCUGAAGACCUGCAGCUCCAUGACCAGCCACGGCAGCUCCCACACCUCCGGCGUGGAGAGCGGUGGGAAGGACCCGCUGGAGGAGGACUCCCAGGAUGAUGAAAUCGAGAUGCUGGUGGAUGAUCCCCGGGAGCUGGAGCAGGCUGGCGAGAUGGAGGUGAGCCCCGACAUGUGCGUCUACAUCACAGAGGACAUGCUGCUGUCGCGCAAGUUCAACGGGCACUCGGGGCUUACUGUGAAAGAGAUCAGCUCCUCCACCUCCAGCUCCUCGGAGACGGUGGUGAAGCUGCCGGGGCAGAGCACCGACUCCCUGCCCCAGACGACGUGCAGGAAACCGAAGACGUCGACGGACCGGCACAGCCUGAGCCUGGAUGACAUUCGGCUCUACCAGAAGGACUUCUUGCAGUUGGCCAACCUGUGCCAGGAUACGGCCCAGAGCUACACCUUCGGCUGCGCCCACGGGCUGGAGGAGGAAGGGCUCUACUGCAACGGCUGCUUGGCCCAGCAGUGCAUCAACAUCCAGGAGACCUUCCCCGUCAAAAGAACCAGCAAAUACUUUUCCUUGGAUCUCACCCACGAUGAAGUCCCCGAGUUCGUCGUCUGA